AUGGAUAUCAACCAGGUGUUGGAGGGGACAUUGUCUCCUGAUGCCACCACUCGCCAGAAUGCUGAGCAGCAGCUCUCCCAGGCCGCCGACUCUGAUUUCUCUCAGUACCUCUCCAUCCUCGGUGGACAGCUUGCCGACGAAGCUGCCCAAGCACAUAUUCGAACAGCUGCUGCCCUGGCGCUGAAGAACGCUUUCACAGCUCGCGAAUACGCCAGAUUACGUCAGGUCCAGGAACGAUGGAUCAACCUGAACCCUCAGAUCAAGCAGGAGGUUAAGCAGAUGGCUCUCCGCACAUUGUCGACACCUAACAAGCAAGUCGGUACCACCGUCGCCCAGCUUAUUGCCUCCAUCGCUGCGAUCGAAAUACCCCGCCACCAAUGGCCGGAGCUCAUGCAAACCCUCGUCGAGAACGUCGGUCAGGGCAACGACAGCCAGAAACAAGCCUCGCUGACCACAAUCGGUUACGUUUGCGACACCGACGACAUCGACCUGAGGGAAGCGCUGGGACACCACUCGAACGCCAUCCUGACCGCUGUCGUUCAGGGCGCCCGCAAGGAGGAGACAAAUAACGAUGUCCGAGUGGCAGCCAUCCAAGCUCUUAGCGACUCGAUCGAAUUUGUACGAUCGAACUUCGAGAACGAGGGUGAGCGCAACUACAUCAUGCAGGUCAUCUGUGAGGCUACACAGGCGGACGACACCCGUAUCCAGCAAGGGUCGUAUGGAUGUCUCAACCGCAUCAUGGGUCUUUACUACGACAAGAUGCGUUUUUACAUGGAGAAGGCCCUGUUUGGUCUUACAAUCCAGGGCAUGAAGAGCGACGAAGAGGACGUUGCCAAGCUCGCUGUCGAGUUUUGGUGCACAGUCUGCGAGGAGGAAAUCGCAAUCGAGGACGACAACUCACAGGCACAGGCUGAGGGUUCGACUGAGCUGCGGGAGUACUUCAACUUCGCCCGUGUUGCCACGCAAGAGGUUGUUCCCGUUCUUCUUGAGCUUCUUGCCAAGCAGGACGAGGAUGCCGAUGACAACGAGUACAACACAUCGCGCGCCGCUUACCAGUGUUUGCAGCUGUGGGCACAAUGUGUCGGAAGCGCUGUUAUGCCUCCGGUUCUUGCUUUUAUCGAGAAGCACAUCCGCUCGGAAGACUGGCACUACAGAGAUGCGUCUGUCUCCGCCUUCGGUGCGAUCAUGGAAGGCCCUGAGGAGCACGUUUUGGACCCCAUCGUCAAGCAGGCUCUGCCCACUCUUAUUGGCAUGAUGGACGACCAGAACAUUCACGUCAAGGACUCGGCUGCGUACGCUUUGGGACGUAUAUGCGAAGCUGUACCGGGUGCUCUCGACGCACAGCAACAUCUUCCAUCUCUGAUUGGUGCUCUUUUCAACGGCCUUUCCAGCAACCCCAAGAUGGCCGCAUCCUGUUGUUGGUCGCUCAUGAACUUGGCUGAUAGAUUCGCUGGGGAACCAGGAUGCCAGAGCAACCCUCUUUCAGCUCACUUUGCUCAGAGUGUGCAGCACCUCCUGCAGGUCACCGAGAGGGGUGAUGCCGACAACCAGCUCAGGACGGCAGCAUACGAAGUGCUCAACUCCUUCGUAACAAACGCUGCAGCCGACAGCGUUCCUCUCGUCAACGAACUGUCCAAUGUCAUCCUCGAGCGCCUGGAGAAGUCGAUCGGCCUUCAGUCCCAGGUUGUCAGCGUCGAGGACAAGCUCACUCUUGAGGAGAUGCAGACAAGUUUGGCCAGUGUUGUUAUGUCGAUUGUUCAGCGUCUGGAAGGCGACAUCAGGCCCCAGGCCGACCGCAUUAUGCAGAUCCUGCUCGGCACCCUGUCAUCUCUUCCCCCCAAGUCGAGUGUUCCUGACACAGUUUUUGCCGCUAUUGCAUCGAUUGCUACUGCGCUUGAUGACGACUUCCAGAAGUACAUGGAUGCAUUCUCUCCUUUCUUGUACAAUGCCCUGAACAACCAAGAGGAGCCUGCCCUGUGCUCCGUUGCUAUUGGUCUUGUUUCUGACAUCACACGUUCGCUAGGCGAUAAGGUCCAGCCUUAUUGUGAUGCUUUUAUGAACUCUCUGCUCAACAACCUUCGAAGCCCAGCGCUUGGCAACCAGCUCAAGCCUGCUAUCCUGCAGUGCUUUGGCGACAUUGCACAUGCUAUUCACGGCGCUUUUGAGACGUACCUGACCGUCGUUGCUCAAGUCCUUCAGCAAGCCGGCCAAGUCACGUUGACCACUGAGAACAACUACGAAAUGAUCGACUACAUAACAUCAUUGAGGGAGGGUAUCCUCGAUGCUUGGGAUGGCGCUAUCAACGCCAUGAAGGCCAGCAACAAGAACAACCUUCUUGUUCCCUUCCUUGACGCUAUCUUUGACUUACUCCGCACUAUUUCGCAAGACCCCAACAGGUCUGAGGCUCUCCUCCGAUCUGCAUGUGGUGUCAUCGGUGAUCUGGCCGAUGCCUUCCAGAACGGCGAAGCCAGGGAGUACUUCCGUCAUGACUUCCUCACUGCAAUGGCGAGGGAAACUCGUGCAAAUCAGGACUUCAGCGGACGUACACGUGAUACCGCUCGAUGGGCCCGCGAACAGAUCAAGCGUCAAGUUGGUAAGUUGCAAUAUGUGCUUGAACCUCAAAUAGUACCUCGCACACCAUCGUGUCUGGACUGA